AUGGCUGAUGACGAGUUCGACAUUGACAUUUAUGGAGAUACCAACACUGAACAGGAUGCAAUCUUCAAAAAGGAUGACGAAGGUGAUGUCAAGAUUGAAGGCAUUGAAGCACCCGUCGCCGCAGUCGCCGAGGCUAAUGGUAAAAGCGAAGAGCAAGAGCAAGAUGACGAUUAUGUAGAUAUCAAGGUGAGUAAUGAGAAAGAGAAACUCAUGGAAGGACAGCAACAAAUCAAAAGUACCGACGAAUCUGGACAAGACCUUCUCAACAUACCAAAACAGGCCCCCCAGCAACAAGGUGUAAAAAGAAAGGAGGGUUCCGACGAUCGACCAAUCGACCAAGGAGCGACCACGGCCUUGCUCAUAUCGGAGUUGCAUUGGUGGAAUACUGACGAUGAUAUCCGGGGUUGGAUCAAUCAGGCUCAAGUCGAAGAUGAGUUGAAGGAGAUGACCUUUUCCGAGCACAAAGUCAACGGGAAAAGCAAGGGCCAAGCAUACGUGGAAUUCACAUCCCAACAAGCUGCAACAGCAGCGAAACGAAAGAUUGAUGCUUUUGGCGAAGGUCAACAAUAUGUCAAGAAGCAGACGGUUACAUACCACAACCCAAAUGUCAAUCCGUUCCGUACUUUACCUAAAGAUGCACCAGCCCGCGCCACCAAAGAAGGCCAAAGUAACCGAUCGAGCUCGGGACCAGGAGGCUACAACAGUGAGAGGGGUAAUCACAACACAAGUAACUUUGGUGGUAAUUUCCGUGGUCGUGGAGGUGGUUAUAAUUCUUCUCGUGGAGGCAUGAACAAUAACAUGAAUCAAGGCAAUUUCAACCGCAACUUCUCGGGUGCAGGAGGAGCUAUGGGUGGUGGUUUUAAUUCUCCAAUGGGCGGUGGGUUUCAGGGCAAUUCCAUGGGAAAUCAAUUUGGAGGAUUUAAUCGUGGUGGAAUGAUGGGUGGUGGCAUGCGGGGUGGACCUGGGGGUAUGAGAGGAGGCCGAGGAGGAAUGGGAAACGGUAUAAUGGGCGGAAUGCCUAUGGGAGGGAUGCCAAUGGCUGGAAUGGGAGGGAUGGGAAUGCCUAUGAAUAUGGGAAACAUGGCACAGAUGGGUGGGGCAAUGCAAGGAGGAAACGGUUUCCAACCCAUGCAGCCACAUUUUAAUCCUGCGUUCUUCCAACAAAACCAAACUGCUGGUGGCGACUGGCAAAAUCCCCACGGCGCCAAAAGACCAAGACCAGAAUGA